CUCCUACAUGUGAGCCCAGGCGGCGGCACCACGCGCGGCGUGUGGAGGAGAGAAACCGGCAGGAAAGGCGACGUCAUCCCUCGGACCACCGACUCGACGUAGAGUAGAAAAAGGCGAGCGGAGCGGAGCGGCGUUGUCCGAGGCAGGUGCUGAACAACCCCAGCAGAAAGAUGGCGGACGACCCCAGCGCGGCGGACAGGAACGUGGAGAUCUGGAAAAUCAAGAAGCUGAUCAAAAGUUUGGAAGCUGCCCGCGGUAAUGGCACCAGUAUGAUCUCCUUGAUCAUCCCACCUAAGGACCAGAUUUCCAGAGUGGCCAAAAUGUUGGCCGAUGAGUUUGGCACGGCUUCCAACAUCAAGAGUAGAGUCAACAGACUCUCCGUUCUCGGGGCCAUCACCUCUGUACAGCAAAGACUAAAGCUCUAUAACAAAGUGCCACCCAAUGGCUUAGUUGUGUACUGCGGCACCAUUGUUACAGACGAAGGGAAGGAGAAAAAAGUUAAUAUCGACUUUGAGCCUUUUAAACCAAUCAAUACUUCCCUGUACCUCUGUGACAACAAGUUCCAUACUGAGGCAUUGACAGCCCUGCUCUCGGAUGACAGUAAGUUUGGCUUUAUUGUGAUUGACGGUAGUGGGGCGCUGUUUGGAACACUGCAGGGGAACACCAGGGAGGUGCUGCACAAGUUCACUGUGGACCUACCUAAGAAGCACGGCAGAGGAGGACAGUCAGCUUUGCGUUUUGCUCGUCUAAGAAUGGAGAAGAGGCACAACUACGUAAGGAAAGUGGCUGAAACGGCUGUCCAGCUCUUUGUGUCCAACGACAAAGUCAAUGUGGCAGGAAUGGUUUUAGCUGGUUCUGCUGACUUUAAGACUGAGCUCAGCCAGUCUGACAUGUUUGACCCAAGGUUACAGGCCAAAGUUCUGAAGUUAGUGGACAUCUCCUAUGGUGGAGAAAAUGGUUUCAACCAAGCCAUUGAGCUCUCAGCAGAGGUUCUCUCCAAUGUCAAGUUCAUCCAAGAAAAGAAGCUAAUAGGACGAUACUUUGAUGAGAUCAGUCAGGACACUGGGAAGUACUGCUUUGGUGUGGAGGACACACUGAAAGCCUUGGAGAUGGGAGCAGUGGAGAUCCUCAUAGUCUACGAGAACUUAGACACCAUGCGUUACAUUUUACGUGUGCAUGGGGCCGAGAGCAACGGAGCUGAGAAUGAUGAGAAGACAUUGUACUUAACGCCAGAGCAGGAGAAAGACAAGUCUCAUUUCACAGACAAGGAGACGGGGCAAGAACACGAACUGAUUGAGAGCAUGCCGCUGUUAGAGUGGUUUGCCAACAAUUACAAGAAAUUUGGAGCCACGCUGGAAAUAGUCACGGACAAGAGUCAAGAAGGAUCUCAGUUUGUCAAGGGCUUUGGGGGCAUCGGGGGUAUCUUGCGGUACAGGGUGGACUUCCAGGGCAUGGAGUACCAAGGAGAGGACGACGAGUUCUUUGAUUUGGAUGACUACUAGGUAGUCGGGGACUGAUAUAUUGGGGGAGAGAAAAAAAAGCAAAUGAAGAAUGAAAGAAAAAUGCCACCUCUCGCAGCAAGUUAGGGGAUCAACUAUGUUGACCACGUAAAUGACAGCCAAUUUACUUGUUGAAUACACAACCUUGCACAUACAUUUCAUCUGUACACACAUUGAAGUACAUCACACAGGCUGAAGAGGAGUGAAAAUGCAUUUCUUCCGGAGAGGGAGAAAGCCUUUCCUGAAUAAAUCCCUGCCUUAGAGUGCUGGUUCCUUCCCAUAGUUGGAUUGGACUCAACUCAUUUUUGUUCCUUAUUACGCCCCGUUUCCCUCGACAACAGCAAGUUUCCAGAUUGUUUUCUGCCCUCAACACAGAUGGAAGAUGAACAUUUGACUCUACAAAUACACAAAAAAAAAACUGUUCCUUUUCUCCCAUCCCAAUGGCUUCCCCUUUAUGCUUUUUUUUUUUUUACUGGCAACUGCUGCUGUUGUAUUUUAUGAGCGUGGGGGAUUUUUUUUAUUUUUAUUUUUUUUUUUAUUUUAUUUUUUUUUUUUAAACCUGGUUUCUGUAGAGACAGCGUAUUAAAAUUUGAACUGCUGAAAACCA